AUGCAAUUCCAAAAGGUGUUAUAUGGUCUAGCCAUGACCACAUUAACACAUGCUUUUUUCUUUGGUCAUCAACAGCAGCAACAGCAGCAACAACAACAACAACAAAGAGAAAUAUCUUAUGAAGAGGAUUUCUUAAACAACGAGUGUGAUGGUUAUUUAUGUCCAGAUACACUUGCAUGUGUCAAAUCAUCUAAGGAUUGUCCUUGUCAAUUUCCCAGUUCUCAACUAAGAUGUGUGAUGCCCGAUGGUAAUUACAUUUGUAUUUCAAAACCAGCUUUGAAUGAUAUAGAUUUGGUAAAGGCAUACGACGAUCCAGUUAAUGGUCCACUAAAAGAAAUAAGUACGUUAGGGAUUGUGGUUGGGCAAGAAAAGCAUAUCAAGGUUUGGUAUAGUGUAAUACAAUACCAUAUAGCAUAG